AUGCAUCUUUUGGCUCUCUGCUUUGUUGGUCUUGUCAUCAGAGGUGUCUGGGGCCACAAAGUCGAGGUGUUGACCACACCGUGUCAAACUCUCACUGUCUAUCAAAACGGAGCAUCAGACGCUGGUACCGUUGAGACUUCCCAGCCAAACAGCCCAAUUGUCAUAGUAGAGUCUCCAGCUCCAGUCGCACCGGCCGCAACAACUAAAUCCAAUCAGGAAACAGCAAUACCAAAAGAGCCAGUCACUCCAUGCGACACUACUCAGCCUUCGUUACCAACGGUUCUAGAUGAGCCGGUAACAGAGUCUGUCCAUUAUGAUGCACCAACUGAGCUUGAAGACGAAACAGUCACAGUAGUUGAGCCUGUUACUCCAUGUGAUACUACACAGGCUUCAACGCCGUCCGUCGCAUACAAACCUAUCACGGAACCUGCCACAGAACCUAUCACUUACGUUCCACCAAUUGAGCCCGAAGAUAAAACAGCAACAUCAGUUGGAACAGUCACCCCAUGUGAUACUACACAGACUUCAUCGUCAUCGAUCAUAUAUGAACCUGCCACAGAACCUGUCACCUAUGUUUCACCAAUUGUUACCAUUAAGACAUAUUCGACAAGCCAGCAUGUUCGUAUCAUGACCACGGAACCUCUGGUUACUUAUACUGAGUCAACCGAGCAGGAAACUGCCCACUAUCCCGAACCCAGAACUGAUACCAUUCUCCCAACUAUCCAAACCUCCAAAGCACCAGUGCCUAGUAAUCCUUAUGUACCUGGAACUUAUCCGCCUGUUCAUGUUCCAAUCUCUGAGCCCGCCCAGCCUCCUAUAUCAACCGAACCUGUCCAAGCUCCCGAUCAACCAGUCCAAGAAACCGAACAUGUCCAGCCACCGGUUCAAACAGAACAAGUGGUUCCGCCUGUAAUUACCAAACAUACGGCAUCAGUUUUACCGUCUGAGCCAGGCCAUCCAUCUCCCUCGUCUCAAUUAGAAGCACCAAAAGAGACUAUGGAUAUACCCAACAGACCCAUUCAGUCAUCAGCAGCCGAAACUCCAAAGCAACUGGAUGAGCCAACUGGGGUUAUAGCUCCAACUUCUGCUGGCCCGGUCAAGACUGGAGAACUACCAACUCGGGAGCCAGAUCCAGCCAGCGUCUCCAAUGGGCCGACUGCUAUCACUGAGCGACCGAAACCUAUCCCAUCAGGCUUCACGACACGUACCGGUAUCGAGGUUGUACCUACAGAUGAGGUCUACGAGUUGAACCUCGAAGAUGCCAUACUAGGCCCAUACGCAAAGUUGAUCGACAUUUGCGGCGAAAAAAUCAUUAUACUGGAACCUCCUCCAUACCACGAGGCGAACUUUACUCUCAAAGUCAACGGAACAUCAGGUUUCUCACCAGGGGGCUUUGCCAACCUCAUAACAUUAGUGAAAAUUGGCAAGGUACAUCAUAAUGACCGACGUCAGAUGGUUAUCUUCCAACGAGACGAUGAUGACGACAUAGCCGGUUACCUUGAAGCUUCCUCCAAUGACGAUGAUAUCGGUAAGAGGGACGACAGUGACACCAGUGACGCAAUUGAAGAGUGGGUGGCCGACGACCGGAUAACAGAGUCGGAUCCCACGUUAGCUAUAAGCUACAUAGCCGGGAGUGACCCCAAGUCUGCUCAGAUCCGGGGUAUGACCUAUAUCAAGAGAGGAAACAUCGGCACAAACGUCUAUCGGAGGAAGGCAGCUCCAGCUGGUGGAGAUACUACAAUACGCCCAGAAGACGAUGGAAAGGAAUGCAACACGAAUAUCCAUGGCACUCCAACAGCUGCCCCUACGCCGGUGGAGGUUCAUCCAAAUGAGGCAGGAAAUGGUGCCGUGAUGAAUACUGCUGCAGUGUUCGGAAUAUCUUUCUUUGCAGCGAUUCUGGUUUGA